UAUUUAACAGUUGUUUGGUCACAAUGGAGUUAUUGGUCACAGUGCACAGAAUCUCUAAAUCAAACUCGAACUCGAGUUUGCAACAGUAAUCAAUGGUUAAAUUGCGCAGGUCAAGGUAUUGACCUUAAAUCAUGCAGUAAUCCAGAAAUAUGGGGAUCAUGGAGUGAAUGUUCGGUUACAUGCGGAUUAGGUAAUAGAAGUAGAGUUUUAUUAUCUUCAAACGACUCAAGAGUUGUGUUGCAAAGUUGUUACGUAAUCAAAUGUCCUGAUGUUAUAAUACAUGUUAACGAGAACCAACUACAAACUGAAUCAUACAAAACAACUGUAAGUAUUCUCACGUGCAGUAAUGUAAAAAUGAUACUUGAUUUUGGUGAUCGAACACCUGUUAUAAAUGUAAGAAAUAUCAGUUCUUCUACAUUAAAAGAUUGUACCUACACUGAAUAUCAUAGGUUUUCUAUCUGUCAAUCAUACAUAAUCACCGCAAAUAUUUUUGAUGAAAUCAAAAAUACCACCACUCCCUUAUUUACCAGUUCUGCAAAUGUAAAAGUGUUUUGCUACCUAUCUCCUUUAAAUGUCACUACAACGCCACUAUUAUCCCAUGAUGGAAAUGUUCAAUUAUCUUUAACCAAAAAUAUAAUAUUAGAUAUCAGUCAAGAGUCCGGAUCAAAUAUGAUAUAUUCAAUUGAUUGGGGAGAUGGUAGUUUUACUGUUAACAAUCAGACCUUAAAUCUAAGACCAGUUUCAUUUCAAGUGCAGCAUAUAUAUAAAAGUACUAACAAUUACACUAUUUCUGUUACAUGCAAGAACUAUAUGCAGACCCUUACUCCUAUAUUUAUUGAGGUAAUUCAGGAAUUUCAGGCAACAAAUUGUUCUAUACCUAAAAUAUAUUUUUAUUAUGGAACUGUUUACAAUCCGAUGAUCAUCAUUAAAAAUGUUGGAAGAGAUAUAACAGCUUUUAUUGAAAGUGUUAGUUCGUUUUGUAAAAACAAAACACUUACUUUUAAGUGGGAACUUACCAGUUCUGGUUUUAAAUCCGAAGUAACUCAACAAAAAGGCAUUCUUUCUCAGCAAAAAGUUACCUAUUCAAUUGCAAAAAACUCACUAGAUUAUGGUGUUUACAUAUUGUCAUUGCAAUGUAAUUACGGUAAUGCUUCAGCUGUUUAUACUGCAUACUUGAAUGUUAUAUUUUCACCACUGUAUAUAGAAAUUGAUAAUGGUUUAUUUGUAUCUGUUGCAUACAAAAAGAUAAUUGGAAAUGAAAGUUUUUAUCAAAACUUCAAAGUAAGUGCAAAGUCUAGUUAUGAUCCGGAUGAUCCAACAGUUGGAACUCAAAAUAUAACUUUUCGAUGGAGGUGCAAAGUUGCUACAAACUUUACUAAUGCUAAAGUUGCGAUGGAAAAUUUUAAACUUUUGAAUCUGACAUUUGCAAGUGACACUUGUUUUAAUGAAGUCUGGACAGAUAUUCCUUCAAUUUUUUCAGAAUUAAGCUUUAGUACAAAACAGUUUUUAGAGGAAAUAAGUUAUCAUGUAGAAACUUGUGGAACAAAGUAUGCAGGAAAAAAUGUUUAUUCAAUUAAUUCCUACAAGACGAGCUGUUUUAUUCAAGAAGUUUUUGUUUCUGGAAGUGUUCCAACUGUCUCAAUAAAGUGCAUAUCUAACUGUGAUACUAAACUGAAUUUUAAAGAACGCUUGAUAUAUUCAUUUGAUUGCAAAGAUUGUGGCUAUCAAAGAUUAGAGGCUAAUUGGACAAUAGAAGAUGAAGCAGGAAAUUUUCCAGCAGAACUUUCUGCUCAAAAUGCCACUUCUACAGGAUUUUUAAUCCCAAGUCUUGUUAUUAAUAAAGAUAUUCUUCUCGAAUCAAAAAACUACACAUUUAUUUUGGUGUUUGGUUAUGCAAAUUCAGUCAAAAGGGCUAAAGUAAAAUUUAAAAAGUCAACUUGCUCGCAACCUAAUUCAGGAUAUUGCAUUAUUAACCCAGUUGAAGGAUAUGCUCUAAAAACAAAGUUUAUACUUUAUUGUAACGGAUGGAAAGACUCUGACGGCUUGCUAAGCUAUGCUUUUUAUUAUGACAAUGGUCAAUCUCAGCAAAUGAACCUUAGUAGUACAACUUCAAUAAAAUAUCCAAUGUUAAAUGCAGGUACUCCUUACCAACCAAGUUUAGUAAACUUUGUAAUGGGUCCAGGUGACGAGAAGAAUGAUUAUAAAAUCAGAAUCAUUAUAAAAGUAAUCGGAAAGUACCAAGCAUACUCAGAAUAUGGUUUAUUUAUUCAGGUGCAUCCAAGAAACGAUAAAAUAAAUUUAAAAAGUUUGCUAGCUGAUAUUAGUCUUAAUGAUACACAAAGUAUUACUAAUCUUGUUCAAGGUGUUAGCAAUAAUAUUAAUAAAAACUUUGAAAAUCAAUAUGGUAGCCCAUUAUUACCUGCUAAUGAUUUAGUUGAUAUGAUUGAUGAAGAUACUUUGAAACUACUAAAGCAGCAGGAAUUGUCUACUUUACAAAAAUUGCGAAAAGAAUUGAUUAAUUUAAUAAGCAAUAUGUUGUUUAAUGACUUAAGUUCUUUUGAAUCAAUAAGUGAUGCUUUAGCUGUUACAUUACAAAAUCCAUUAGAGAUUGCUCCCGAUGCUCAGAAUCAAGCAACAUUAAUAAUAGAUAAUUUAGCUCGAUUACUUACCGAAAACAAUCUAAAAGGUUUUGGAGCAGAAAAGUUCGAAACUUUGUCCCAGUCAUUUGUAAAUUCAAUUUCUAACUUGUUGCAAAUUACUGCUUUAACGCCAUUAUUAAAUCACGUGAAACAAGCGGAACAAAUAGUACCGGUAUUAAUGAAAUCUAUGAAAAGUUAUUUUAUAGCUGCACAAUCAUACAAAGUUGCAGGUGAAAAUAAAACAGUGGGUGAAACAAAGAAGUUUACUUUUUUGUUAAGAAAAGAUAUAUUAAGUGAUUUGAGUAAUAGUUUUGUUGGUUUAUCUGAUGGUGGUUUUUUUUUGCCAGACUCAAAGGAAAUGUUUAAUGAGUCUUUACAAAAUUUUCUAAUUUCAACUCAUAAUGUCAGAAUGAAAGAUACUAUUUACACAUGGGAUGUUAACCGAUCUCAAAACAUUCGCACAGAAACUCAGACCCUCUUUUUUUCUGACUCGAAUGGUCGUCCAAUAAAAGUGAAUAACCAAUUGCAACUAAUUAACAUGACAAUAAAAAAUAAACCUGAAACAAUGAAUGGAGAAGUCAUAUCUUUUGCUAUGCCUAAUGAUAUUUACAAUGUUAAACUUUCUGUAGCAUCAAACUGUAAAAUGCUUUUAAAGUUUAUUUUUAAAAACGAUGAAAAUGGUUUAACAAAUCUUCUCGUUUUCAUUCAAUAUGGAAAAAUUGCAACAAUACUAGAUUAUGACAUUAUGCUUAACAUAUCUAUCAAACAAGGUGUUGUCAUGACAAAAAAUUACAACUUAACCAAGGCAGCUGUAUUUAGUUUAAAUAAUAACACAAAUGAAUACUCGACUAGAGCUUUACAAAGAAAUCAAGAUGUUUUGCUUCUUGCUGAUGGUGCAAUUAUGUUAUGGAAUUUUGACAAUUCAACAUACUCAUUGUUAAAAAAAAGUGAACUUCAUUUAAUGUUUUUGUAUUCUGGCCCAAUUCCAGCUAAAAAGUUAGUUCAAAAUCCAUACAAUUUUGAUGAAAAAGAAUCUUCUGGGACAUUUGACUAUGAAAUGAAAUCAUUUUGUAUUGAAUGUAAUUACUGGGAUGAAGGUGCUAACAAAUGGAUAUCUGAUGGAUGUCAGGUCGAUGUUUAUUGCACAAGUUUUUUGAUGACCAAAUGUAGAUGCAAUCAUUUAACAACUUUUGGUGGAUUUUUUGUUGCUCCUAAUCGUCUUCCUACACUUUCUAUAACAAAAUUAAAACAUGGAUAUGUAUUACUAGUGGCAGUUGUACUAAUUGUUUUUUUAUGGUUGUUUGGGCUGUUAAUCACCAGAAGAUUAGAUAGACAAGAUAUUUUAAAGAUUGGUUUUUGCCCACUUGGUGAUAAUCAAAAAGAAGAUGCUUAUUUAUAUCAAAUCAUUGUAAAUACUGGGACACGAAGAAACGCUGGCACCAAAUCAAACAUCUUUUUGAAUGUUGUUGGCGAAUUAAAUGAGAGUGGAGUGAGACAUUUAAAAGAUCCAGAAAGAGAUUGCUUUCAAAAAUCAAGUUGUGACAUAUUUAUUAUGUCUACUAAGAGUACACUUGGUGAUUUAGAUUUUAUUCAUUUGUGGCAUGAUAACAGUGGUGGAGGUUGGUAUGUAAAAAGUAUAAUUAUCAUUGACCUUCAAACUGAAAAAAAGUUUGUUUUUAUUGGCGAUUGCUGGAUUGCUGUUGAUCGGGGUCUGUGUAAACUCGGUUGUGUUAUACCAGUAGCAUCAUUUGAAGAAUCAUCUAGUUUUGUUUUUGUUUUUAAAAAUCAAGCACAAUAUAAAUUGUUUAAUGAACAUUUAUGGUUUUCAAUUUUUUUACGUUCACCUAAAAGUAGCUUUACGAGAUGUCAAAGGUUUUCUGUUGCAAUAUCUUUAAUUAUGACUUCCAUGAUGGUAAGCACAAUGUAUUAUCAACGUAUUCCUCUGGCAGAUCCAGCAGUAGAAAAUAAAGUUGGCAAUUUUUUUUUUACAUGGACACAGGUUUAUGUGAUGUUGAUUUCUACUUGCAUCAAGUUUCCUGUAAAUUUUAUUCUUGUUAAGUUAUUUUGCUCAAUUAGAAAGUUUCCAGUAAAUGAUUUACGUGAUUGUUUAUCAUGUACUUUAAACAAUAUUGCUCAAAAGGAAUCAUACACUUGUAUACAUCUUUUUCAAAACAACAAUCCGCAACUAAGCAGAAGAAAACUAAGCAUUUUCAUUAAAAGAUACAUAUUGUAUUUUGCGUGGUUUUUUUGUGCUUCAAAUAUUUUUGCUUGUGGCGUUAUUGUUUUGAUGUAUGGAAUAGAAUUUGGAAACUCAAAAUCCUUGAAUUGGUUAGCAAGCGUCAUUCUUGAUUUUAUUAAAGGGAUACUUGUGUUCGAUCCGUUAAAAAUUUUUAUUGUGGUAAUUGUUAUGGUUUUUGUUGUUAAGAAAAACGAUGAUGAAACAGAAAAUAGCGAAGUUGAAAAACAGGGUAAAAGUUUGGCUUUUGAUGAAGAUUGGCUUCACAGACCUAAAAAUAAAAUAAGCAUUGAUAGUUACUGCAUUACAAUGCAACCUCUCAAUUCUUCUACUGAAAAAAAGAUGAGAGAUCUUGGAUUAAAAUACCGUAGGAUGAAGACAUUAGUUAAUGAUCUCGUUUUGUUUGUUUUUUAUGCAUGCUUGGUCUUCUUUAUUGGUUAUUUUGCUCGCGAUUGUCUCACUUUUCAUCAAACUCGCAAUGUGCAAGAACUUUUCAAUUUAAAAUUAAGGUUGCCAGUAAAUCCUAAAAACCCAACAUUUCAAAACAAAGUUUUUAACCAGAUUCAGUCCACGCAAGACUUUUGGUAUUGGUUGGAAGAAUUUUUUCUACCUCAAGUAUUUCCUGAACCUUGGUAUAAUUUGAGUAACUUUUAUUCAAAUACACACUUAAAAGACUUUCCUGGAAAAUUAUUCUUAAAUGACCUUACCUCAAAAAUUGUAAAUGGAAUACGAAUUAGACAAAUUCGCAUUAAACAAAGUAAAGUCAAACUUAAUUGCAUUGUUAACUUUUAAAUUUACUUAUUAAAUAAUAUUUUUAAAACUUGACUUAAGUUUAACCAAAUCAUGCAUA